CUUGGUUCCACCUAUUGAUGUGCAGAGAGAGGCUUUUUUUGUUUGAGUAUAUAUUAAUAUUUUAGGUUGAAAAAUGGGUUCGGUUCAUGAUCCGGAGGCCGGCGACGGUUACCGCAGCGGCGGCGCUGCCACCGCCGACGUGGAGGAGUUCGUGUCAGUAGAAAACCCAGACUCCAAACUCUCCAAGUUUGGAUCUAUCUUCCAAAACCUUUACCCUCCUGGGUUUUCCCGAAAGCUGGUGGCGGAAGUGAUAGCGACAUAUUUGCUGGUGUUUGUGACGUGCGGGGCGGGGGCAUUGAGCGCGAGCGACGAGCGGAGAGUGUCGCAGCUCGGAGCCUCAGUCGCGGGCGGGCUGAUCGUCACCGUGAUGAUCUACGCUGUCGGCCACAUAUCGGGCGCCCACAUGAACCCGGCUGUCACCUUAGCUUUCGCUGCAACUCGACACUUUCCAUGGAAACAGGUUCCAGCGUAUGCAGCAGCGCAGCUGAGUGGAGCAACAUCUGCGGCCUUUACGCUGCGAAUAUUGCUGCAUCCAAUCAAACACGUGGGCACAACGUCGCCAUCCGGAUCGGAUUUUCAGGCAUUGGUCAUGGAGAUAGUUGUUACAUUCUCCAUGAUGUUCGUUACUUCAGCUGUCGCAACCGACACCAAAGCUGUGGGAGAGCUAGCAGGUAUGGCAGUUGGCUCAGCUGUGUGUAUUACAUCCAUCUUAGCUGGACCUGUAUCAGGUGGGUCGAUGAACCCUGUGAGGACUUUAGGACCUGCAAUGGCAAGUGAAUAUUAUAAAGGACUUUGGGUGUACUUUGUCGGGCCGGUUACAGGAACCCUUUUGGGGGCAUGGUCAUAUAAGUUCAUACGUGUCAGUGACAAACCUGUGCAUCUAAUUUCUCCUCAUUCAUUUUCACUCAAACUUCGAAGAAUGUCGAGAUCGGACACUGCUGAAAGUGAAAAUUGAGCAUUAGCUCAACAUUCUCUUCUACCAUCUUCAAAAUGUUUGGUGUGUCGGAAAACAUAUGUGAAAUAGUUUGAGUGUUUCAUGAGCUUCGUGAUGUACCAUGCUCUAAGCUUACUUUCUUAGAGUUUAGCAAUGUAUAAGAAGCAGCCUUUGUAAUUUGCUUAGCAUCUUCAUUGGUAUAUUUUCUAAAUUUUGUAA